GUUCCUCCCUGCCGGUAACUUGGAUCUUGCUUUGUAACGGCUGGCUGUCGUCUUCCCCAUUUCGCUGCUUUGUUUUCAUUGUCACCCCGUUUGACCAUGGCUGCUCAUUCUACCGAAGAACCGUUUCCCUUUCACGGGUUACUCCCCAAAAAAGAGACAGGUGCCGCGUCCUAUCUAACCAGGUUCCCCGAGUACGAUGGACGGGGUGUUCUCAUUGCUAUUCUCGACACUGGCGUGGACCCUGGGGCCCCGGGCAUGCAGACAACAACAGAGGGAAAGCCGAAGAUUGUUGACAUCAUCGAUACCACAGGAAGCGGUGAUGUCAACAUGUCCACGGUGGUGGAACCCAACGACGGAACACUGGCGGGGCUCUCUGGCAGGACGCUAAAGAUCCCCCCUGGUUGGGUCAAUCCAUCAGGGAAGUAUCACAUCGGAGUCAAAAAUGGUUACGAGUUCUUCCCCAAAGCUCUUAAAGAGAGAAUACAGAAAGAGCGUAAGGAGAAGAUGUGGGACCCUGCACACAGAGCUGCUCUAGCCGAGGCGAGCCGCAAGACAGAGGAGUUUGAACUCGCUCACCCCUCCCCCUCACAGACAGAGAAGCUGCAGAAGGAGGAGCUCCAGUGCCAGUCUGAGCUGCUGGCCUCUCUGGAGAAGAAGUACAGCGAUCCGGGGCCAGUCUAUGACUGUGUCCUCUGGCAGGACGGCCUGACCUGGAGGGCUGUGGUGGACACCUCGGAGUGUGGGGAGCUGUCCCAGUGCACUGUGCUGGGCUCCUACAGGGAGAGCCAGGAGUACGCCUCGCUGGGAGAGGCCGAGAUGCUCAACUACUCCGUCAACAUCUAUGACGAGGGGAACACGCUCUGCAUCGUCACCAGCGGAGGGGCUCAUGGGACACACGUGGCGAGCAUCGCGGCAGGUCACUUCCCCGAUGAGCCGGAGAGAAAUGGCAUUGCCCCGGGCGCCCAGAUCCUCGCCUUGAAGAUCGGAGACACCCGCCUCAGCACCAUGGAAACAGGAACAGGACUCAUCCGUGCUAUGAUUGAGGUAAUCAACUACAAGUGUGACCUGGUCAACUACAGUUAUGGGGAAGCCACACACUGGCCCAACUCAGGGAGGAUCUGCGAGGUGAUCACAGAGGCGGUGCAGAAACACAACGUGUUGUUUGUGUCGAGUGCCGGUAACAACGGCCCCUGUCUGUCCACUGUGGGCUGUCCUGGGGGCACCACCAGCAGUGUGAUAGGCGUGGGGGCGUACGUGACCCCUGACAUGAUGGUGGCGGAGUAUUCCCUGAGGGAGAAGCUGCCCCCCAACCAGUACACCUGGUCCUCCCGGGGCCCCAGUACUGACGGGGCCCUGGGGGUCAGCAUCAGCGCCCCGGGGGGGGCCAUCGCCUCCGUGCCCAACUGGACGCUCCGGGGCACCCAGCUCAUGAACGGCACCUCCAUGUCCUCCCCCAACGCCUGCGGAGGCAUCGCACUGGUGCUCUCAGGCCUGAAGCAGACCGGGGUGCGCGUGUCCGUCCCGGCGGUGAGGAGGGCCCUGGAGAACACGGCCAUGAAGGUGGACGACAUCGAGGUGUUCGCCCAGGGCCACGGCAUCAUCCAGGUGGACAGGGCGUUAGACUACCUCACCCAGCAUGCCGCCCUCCCCACCAGCAACCUGGGCUUCGCCGUCACCGUGGGGUCCCAGCGGGGCAUCUACCUCAGGGACCCCGCCCACGUCCUGGCGCCUUCGGACCACGGGGUCGGCAUCGAGCCCGUCUUCCCCGAGAAUACAGAGAACACGGAGCGCAUCUCCCUCCAGCUGCACCUGGCCCUCACGUGCUCCGCCCCCUGGGUGCAGUGCCCCUCCCACCUGGAGCUCAUGAACCAGUGUCGCCACAUCAACAUCCGCGUCGACCCCCUGGGGCUCCGAGAGGGGCUGCACUACACCGAGGUGUGUGGCUACGACACGGCAGCCCCCAGCUCGGGCCCUCUGUUCCGAGUCCCCAUCACUGUCAUCAUCCCCACCAAGGUCAGUGAAGGCCGGAACCAAGAGGUGACCUUCACAGACGUCCACUUCAGACCAGGGCAGAUCCGCCGACAUUUCCUCACAGUCCCUCAGGGAGCUUCCUGGGCAGAGAUCACCCUGACGUCUCACUCAGUUGACGUGUCGUCCAAGUUUGUUCUCCACGCGGUUCACCUGGUCAAGCAGAAGGCCUACAGAGCCAACGAGUUCUACAAGUUCUCCUCUCUCCUGGAGAAAGGCUCUCUGACCGAGGCCUUCCCUGUGCUGUCGGGCCGGACGGUGGAGCUGUGUAUCGCCCGCUGGUGGGCCAGCCUUGGUGACGUCAACGUGGAGUACAGCAUCUCCUUCCAUGGCCUCACAGUCUCUCCCUCUCCCUUACACAUACAUGCCUCAGAAGGCGUGACCAGCUUCGACGUGUUGUCCCCCCUGCGGUACGAGGACGUGUCUCCCAGCAUCACCCUCAAGGCCUGGGUCCAGCCCCUCAGGCCCCUCAGCUCCAAGACCAAGGCCCUGGGCCUCAGAGAUGUGCUGCCCAACAACAGACAGCUCUACGAGAUCGUCCUCACCUACAGCUUCCACCAGCCGAAGAGCGGGGAGGUGACCCCCAGCUGCCCCCUGCUGUGUGAGCUGCUGUACGAGUCAGAGUUUGACAGCCAGCUGUGGAUGCUGUUCGACCAGAACAAGAGACUGCUGGGGUCUGGAGACGCCUACCCGCACCAGUACUCUCUGAAGCUGGAGAAGGGCGACUACACGGUGCGUCUGCAGGUGCGCCACGAGCAGGCCGGCGAGCUGGAGCGCCUGAAGGACCUGCCCUUCGUGGUGUCCCACCGCCUGUCCACCACGCUCAGUCCCGACGUGUACGAGACGCACCGCGCCGCCCUCGCCGCCAAGAAGAAGGCCAACUCCCUCACCCUGGUGCCCGGGGCCACCCAGCCCUUCUACGUCGCCGCCCUGCCCGACGACAAGAUCCCUAAGGGGACUAGUCCAGGGUGUUAUCUGACCGGCUCCCUUGUUGUACCCAAGAGCGAAUAUGGCAAGAAAGCAGGGCAGGCCUCUGCAAAACGACAAGGAAAAUUUAAAAAGGACAUGGUGCCGGUGGUCUACCAUCUGAUCCCUGCCCCCAACAAACCCAAGAACGGGGGGAAGGAGAAGGAGAAGGACGGAGAGAAGGAGAAGGAUGUCAAGGAGGAGUUCACCGAGGCCCUAAGGGACCUGAAGAUCCAGUGGAUGACGAAGCUGGACACCAGUGCUCUGUAUGAUGAGCUGAAGGAGAGCUGCUCUGGGUACCUGCCCCUGCAUGUACAGAGGCUGCACCAGCUGGACUCUGAAAAGGAGCGUUUGAAGCACCUGGGGGAGAUUGUCGCGGCAGCAGACGUGGUGCUGGCUCAGAUCGACCAGACGGCCCUGGCCGUCUACCUCACCAUGAAGACCGACCCGCGACCAGACGCUGCUACCAUCAAGAGUGACAUGGAGAAGCAGAAGGCGUCCCUGCUGGACGCCAUGUGCAGGAAGGGCUGUGCCCUGGCCGACCAGCUCCUCCAGCCCCCCGGGCCCCAGGACGGGGCGGGCGCCGGGGAGGCCUCCGAGGAGGCCGAGGUGAGCAGCUCAGAUGAUCCCCAGGAGGCCAGGGUGAAGGCCCUCAGCGAAACCUUCUGGGAGGUGCAGAAAUGGGCAGAGCUGACCGACUCUAAGGUGUUGAUGUUCUCAUACAAACACGCGCUGGUCAACAAGAUGUACGGCAGGGCCCUGAAAUACUCCUCCAAGAUAGUCGAGGACAAACCCAGUAAAGACAACCUGAAGAACUGCAUCCAGCUGAUGAAGCACCUGGGAUGGACACACAGCGCCACCUUCACAGAGAACUGGCUCCCCAUUAUGUACCCGACAGACUAUACAUCCUUCUAAACACACACACACACACACACACAGGAUGGGUUGUACAUGGCUCACGCAUGAUCACCCAGGGAUUCCAUCUUUCCAUGGUCACAUCAGACCUCUGCAAACCACGGUGACGUCUCUUCAAGUCUGGGACACUAACCCGUCCCCCCGGAGAGGAAGCUGCUACUCCCCCCCCCCCCCACACACCCCCACCCCACCCCCCCACGAGGGAGCAGCACUGAGUCUGCUGUGUGUCAGUGUUGCCACUCUCUCAUCCAGGUGCCUUCCGAUCAGUACCUUACGUUAGCGGGAGGACCAGUGUGCUCCUCUGUCUCUGUCAAGCGGCAGACUCUGUCGUGUGACCCGGGGGGGGCCCCGCUCACCCCUCCGAAUGCUCAUUCAAUCACCCUCCAUUCAACUCCAUUCACACACUGUAUCUUGUUUUAUAUUUUGCCGUGGCUAUAAAGAGAUUACUUCAACUCCAACUGCAUUACAGACCUUACUAUCACAAACCUCUGUGUAGAAGCUAACGUCAUUGUGGAUGAAGAGACUUUGGGGGGGCAGGUUGUCCCAGAACUGGACUAUCUGAUGUUCUUUUAAUCCAGGACGGUUAUUGAUGCUCGUCUGAGAUCCUAACCCAUUAUGUACAGAUCUGUGUGUAGAUGAUCGUCAAGCGAAGAUGCGUGUUUGAAUCUAUAAACGUGAUGUUUUCUUAUUUUUCUCUCAGCAACGUUCUAACGGUUGUGCACCACCGUGACAAAGCUACAUUGUGUUGAAAUGUACAUACACAUUAUAGCCAUGUACAGACAUGUCUAUGAAACAAACACAAUUAUAAAGAGGCAAUAUAACUAGACAGGAAAGUAGUGGUUGUUCUCCCGAUUGUAUUUUAAAUGUAUGCAUGUCAUGUAAAGGAAACAGUCGGCUUCAUUUAGAAACUGCUCACAUAUUUUUUAGUUUAAGAUUUUUAAUCUCUGAAAACCCUCAUGGCUUAGUUUCCCGAGAGCCCUCUGUGACUGUGUUUGGGAUUGAGAGUGUGUGACCUGUGACACAUUGAAGGGUAGGACAAGGGACACAUCAGAGUGAUCCCUAUACUUAAGUGUAUUAAACCCUUGAAUAAACACUGCAGAUGUCUUGUAAUUUGAAACUAGUUUGUUUGCAGCAUAACUGUGAAGUUUACAUCCGCUUUGAAGCAUCGUACGUAAGGUUGGAUCAAAUUGAGCUUGGAUUUUUCUCUCUGUCUUUUACGGCGUGUUCUUCCCUGUGGAAUCCCUGGACUAAUGCCCCCCUUUGGCAAAGGGAGCAGUGGGUUUCAAGCCUUUACCCCCCAAUGGUCUGUUUUGUUGCAGAUUUGAGAGAAGAGGAUUGGUGCCAUCAUAUCUAAUGUAGAUGAAAUGCCUGGUGGAUUCUUGUUCCAUCUUGCUUGCAUCCAGACCGUCAAAUCAAUCGAAUCAAAAAUGUUCUUGUAAUGCCCUUUUUUCAAAGCAGUGUCACAGAGGGCUUCACAUCCGCCCACAGAACUGCCCCUCAGCCAACCUCCACCCUCAGGGGUUCCCCCACCCUUCAGAUCUACAGCAUACACCACUGUUAACGCUCAACAGGAAUAUAGAGUACUUCUCUACUUCAUUUGAACACAUUUUCCUUCCAGAUUUCCCUUUGCCUCCGCCCCCUUUAAAAAAAAAACUGUAAUCAAAGCGUUUGGGUUUUGGUUUCUGACUAAUGUUCAGGGUUCAGCUGUCUCUUGUGUUGCCAAUGACAGUUCUCCGAAAAUGGCCUUAACUUUCACCAAGGGACUCUACCGUCCAAAUACUCCAGCCAGAACCCUCAUAUCUCUCACUCUGCUGGGGUCUGCAAAAGACCUUUCAUGGUAUAUUUAUGGAUGUCUUGUAUUUAUAUUUAGAAUGAAACUAGUCAAUGCCAAUAUUUUAAAGAAUGCUAUGAUUUUGAGGAUAUGUACGUAGUAUUAUUUUGUAUCCAUUCUUCCUCUGCGACAUACAGAAAGUAUCUAUACCACCUCGCUAUUUUGUUAUCGCAGCAAAUGUAUGGAAUAAUGUCCACAAACUGGGGAUAAAUUCUAAAUAAAAGGAUUUGGAAGAAUAA